GUUGCUGCAGCGACAGCAGCAGGGUCUGAUGAGUGACGGAGGCAGCGCAACAUCCAGAUGCACUAGUGGCUUAAAGAAGAAGAGAAGGUUCCAGCUCUAUUUUUUUUUCUUUCUGUCUGCAAGCAACUUGGGCUCAGGAUUGAAGACGCGUGUCAGGAUGGCGGCAGCCUCGACAGACUCGGCGCAGGGGUCCACCAAAAUAACUCCUGAAGUGCUGCAGGAGAUGCUCCAGUACUACAACCUGAGCCGCCAGGAGUUCAUCAACACUUACAACAUCCAGCCGCUCGUCUACAUCCCCGAGUUACCGUACAGUGCAAAGACCACCUUCGUGAUCAUGUACUUGGUUAUUUUCGUCCUGGCUCUUGCUGGAAAUAGUUUGGUGAUCUACAUAGUUUUGAAGAAACGGGCGAUACAGACGGCAACAGAUAUUUUUAUUUGCUCUCUGGCGGUCAGCGACCUGCUCAUCACUUUCUUCUGCAUCCCUUUUACUUUGCUGCAGAAUAUCUCGUCUGAAUGGUUCGGAGGUGUUCUGGUUUGCAAGACAGUUCCAUUUGUACAGACCACAGCCAUAGUGACAGGCAUCCUCACAAUGACCUGCAUCGCCAUUGAGAGAUACCAGGGCAUUGUCUUCCCACUGAAAAUGAGGAGGCAGUACUCAUCGAAAAGAGCAUACAAGAUGCUUGGGCUUGUAUGGAUUGCUUCUGUGAUAGUGGGUUCACCAAUGCUAUUUGUGCAACAGCUAGAGGUGAAGUACGACUUCUUAUAUGAUCACUAUCACGUGUGCUGUCAGGAGAGUUGGCACUCUCUGACUCACAGGCAGGCAUACACCACCUUCAUCAUGGUGGCUCUUUUCCUGCUCCCUUUGGCAGCCAUGCUGUUCCUCUACACUCGUAUUGGCAUUGAGUUGUGGAUCCGCAAGAGGGUGGGCGACUCCUCAGUCCUCAACACCAUGAACCACAGGGAAAUCAAUAAGAUCUCAAGGAAAAAGAAGAGAGCUGUUAAAAUGAUGAUCACCAUUGUUCUGCUGUUCACCAUUUGCUGGGCACCAUUUCACACAGUCCACAUGCUCUUUGAAUAUUAUGACCUGGAGAAGAAAUACGACGGGGUGACACUUAACAUGAUCAUCGCCAUUGUUCAGGCCAUCGGGUUCUUCAACAGCUUCAACAAUCCUAUCGUGUAUGCCUUCAUGAAUGAGAACUUCAAGAAAAGCUGCAUCUCCACCCUGUCCCACUGCAUCAGAAAACCUAACCAGCAGAGCGGUGCCGUGGUGGCACCCAAACUGAGCGUACAGUUCAUUAAACCCCAAAGCAGAGAAGCCUUCCUGGAAUCAGAUGAAGGCAACAGCUCGAAGCAGCACUCAGCGGAGAGAGGCCCUUCAAGUUCAUCGCAUGGAGAGAGCUCCCUGGAAAUAAUGGGUGAAAAAAUCUCCACCAUCCAAACAGAGCUCCCUGCAAACAGCUCCUCUCAAGUCAAAUGAGGAGGGACUGGCUCAAUGUUCAGGUGUUAAGCAGUUGAACUCAACCCUCAUGUUUGCUGUCAGUCACUGGCACCCAACAACAGAUGUGAUUUGAAGUCUCACAGUUGCGGUUCAAAGACUCAAACAGCUCGAAAAUAUAUCUCUGCAGCACCAGAAGCAAGAGAGUUUUUAAAAUUCUGUUCAGGAGUACAGCAGGAUGGAAAUGAAGGAAUCCCAAAAAGAGGUAGUUUUACUAUAAAGACCACCCUGGGAGUCACCAAUCAAUCAAUUAUCUGAAUCAAGAAAUCAUUUCUGUUGAGAUGUCUCUGAAAUCUGCAGGGCAUUCAACCUCUCUCAGUGAGCGUUUAAUGAUGUGUUGGAGGGAACGAUGUUCAAAGUCAUCCCAAAUGAACAAAAACUUUUACCACUGUUUGGACCCGACAAUAGACAUUGACUUUACUAAGCCAUGCUUUUAGCAACAAAGGAUGACCAAGGGCAACGCCUCAGCUUUUAUUGCACUGCUUUAUUUUCAUUAAUCCAAAUUAGCUCUUCAGCACGAAUCAAUUCAGUUGAGGUUAAUUCAGUUCUAAACCUUUAUUUUAACAAGAUGACGCAAAUUCCUUUAAUGUGUGUCUUUGUAGACAUUUUAACUGCUUGUGAAAUCCUGUGGAGAUCAGGGAUCACCUCUUCAUAAAACUCAAAACUGAUUUCAAACAUCCCUUUUUGUCAGAGGAGCACACUCUGCACUUUUCUUUCAGUUAAACUAUUUUAGUAUUGAAUGUCAUAAUGAUUUUGACAUUGAUUGCUCAACAAAGAAGAUGGCCCUGCAGACACAGCCUUUGUAGUUUUAAGGCUGAAAUAAAGGACCACAUGCCCUCAUGUCUCACCACACAGGAUCUUUUUAGAAGAAACCCAAUGACAUACAAGAUAUUCAUUAUUCACUUUUUUGAUUUUUACAGUCUAUUGCUUUAUUGAAGAGAAAAAUUGGAUUAAUUCUCAUUUGCAAUGAACUAAAGAAGCUUUUUUUAUGUUCAUUCAGUCAUUUAAUCAUAACGAUGAAUCAAAGAAUUUUUAUUAUACUGCUAUAGUAAAUUGAUACAGCCAUUUCACACGAGUAACAAAAUUUAGAUGUUGAGGCAGCAUGAGCCUGUGGGAUGGACAGAUGCACAGAGUUACCUUCCUUUAGAGAUAAAUAUGGCCUAUGAUGUCACACACAGAAUAACACAAGGGACAAAAUUGGGUUCAGUAUUAAUGUGUUUGCUUAAUAGUGCCGUGGAAAAUUUCCGUAAUGUUUUUGUCUAAAUGCGACAAGUGAACGUUACCAUUAUGGUGUAUAUAUGAAGUUAGUUACAUGUUCUGUAAUGAUAUGUUUGGUAACUACAGCUCUACAGCUUUAUUCUCUCUUCUGUGCAGAUUGUUGAUUUUAAAGAUGUUGCAUUGAAAAUCAAAUCAUCUUUCAUUUAAAACACAUUUCUUUCUUUCUUUUUGUUAAUCCAGAUCUCUGGAUCAGAACGCUAGGCUUUAAUUUUGGCUUGUGUUGCACAGGUUUUGCCCUUUGACGACUGUCAAUGGCAUUUCUUAAAGACUGUUUUUUUCUCAUACAGGAGAACAGGAUUUUGCAACAAAUGAGGUCAUAAUCUUGUUGAAAUAUUCAAUUUUAGAUUGAAUAAAACUAAAUAUUAUAACCUGUUUCUUUGUUUUCAGUAUAUAUUGAGUUAAAGAGAGACGGGACCUUAGACCCUAGAAAUGAGACUCAUUCACUCAAAAAAUAAUAGUAACACCUGAUAAACUCAGUUUUGUGUCCGGUAAGGAAGGGUUAGGGCUAAAAUUUACACAUUUUUAUUCCAUUAUUUGACAAAUAUUUGUCACUGAUUUUUUUAUUAUUUUAUGGAAACCUUUUGAUCUGGGCAUCAUGUAGCCAUUUGAUAUUUGAAUUUUGUAAACUCUUAUCAUUUCAUGUGAUAAUUUAUUGCCAGAUUGAACAUAACUUUUCUACAGCCUAAUAAGAAAAGCUUUUUUUUCAGUAACAAAAGAUGACAUGUACUCUAUAUUGUUUGGCUGCCACAUCAGCUUUGCUCCAUUUAGCAGCAGAUUACUGUAGUUUAGCAAAAUUGAUCGACUCAAA